AUGUCUGAUGAUGGCAAAAAUCCUGGCUCUAUUGGAAUAUCUAAGUUCACGGCUUGGAUGAAUUGCAACAAAGAAUAUCCGGAAGCUGCUAGCCUAUCUCAGGAGCAAGUUAAAGACUUUGCUCUGGUUGAAAUAGAACUUCUUUUACGUGUAAGCGGGAGAACUUUAAAAGAAUUCACACUUAUGCCAUUUCCUGAAGAUAUUACUCUAGAGUCACAUGAUAAUCCUCUUAUUCGGGAUGAGAGGAACUACAAUCGCGAAACUCUUAGAGUUAGAAACGAGCAGAUGUUAGCCACUAUAACCAACAAGCAGAGAAGUGUUUAUGAUGAGAUCCUAGAAGCAGUAAAUAAGAACAAGGGAGGAUCUGCUCUACGUUCCAAAGGUCAUGUUGUUCUUAACGUUGCAUUGAGCGGGAUUGCUGCGUUGCUAUUAGAAGGAGGCCAAACUGCGCAUUCAAGAUUUUUGAUCCCUAUUGUGGUUAAUAAGUUUACCUUCUGUUCAAUCAAGAAGGAAUCGAAUCUUGCCGACCUGAUAAGGCUUGCUAAACUCAUUAUAUGGGAUGAGGCGUUGAUGAUGAGUAAAGACUGCUUCGAGACUCUAGAUAGAACAAUGCAUGAUAUAUUAGAAGUUGACAAGCCCUUUGGUGACAAGGUCAUUGUUUUGGGAGGGGAUUUCAGGAAAAUAUUGCCAGUGAUUCCAAAUGCUGGGAAGACAGAGAUACUUAUGGCCACUUUGAAUUCGUCACCUCUGUGGUACAAAUGUAGAGUAUUGAGACUUACACAGAACAUGCGACUUAUUGCUGGAGAUAGUAGCCGUGCGAUGCUUGAACGCGCUGCCUUUACAAAGUGGAUCUUAGAUAUUGGUGAUAGAACGAUAAAUGAUGAUGGGAGUGGUGAAGCCGAGAUUGAUAUUCCUGAUGAUCUGUUGAUUGAAGACUGUGAAGAUCCUAUAAAAACGAUCGUGAAAGAAAUUUAA